AUGAGGCUCCUGCCUCUGGCCCUUGUGCCUGGCGCACUGGCCAUUUCACUCAACAUCAAUGAUCCUAACAGUAUUUCGUCGGCGGCCUCGACAAUUGCCUACGACAUGAUGACCACUUACACCGGGAACCAAACUGGCCAAGUCCCUGGAUUGUUACCGGGUGGCUUGAGCUGCGAUCCCAAUAAUCCUCAAAUCUACUGUUGGUGGGAAGCCGGCGCAAUGUUUGGCUCGCUCAUCAACUACUGGCAGUACACGAAUGACUCGUCGUACAACCCUGUGGUGUCACAGGCGCUCCAAUUCCAGCGAGGACCGGACAACAAUUUCAACCCGCCCAACCAGUCGAAGAGUAUGGGUGUCGAUGACCAAGCUUUUUGGGCUUUUUCGGCCAUGGAUGCCGUCGAGGCAAAUUUUCCCGAGUCGAAUGAGGGAAAUCCUCCUUCGUGGCUUUCGCUGGCCCAGGCCGUAUUCAACUUUCAGAAGAGUUUGUGGGAUACUACUACUUGCGGUGGUGGGUUCCACUGGCAAGUGUUUUCGUUCAAUGCCGGCUAUAAUCUGAAAAACGCCAUCUCCAACGGUGGCAAUUUCCAACUUGCUGCACGGCUUGCCUAUGUGACAGGCAACCAAAGUUACGCCGACUGGGCCAAUCAGGUCUACAACUGGAUGGAGAACAGUGCCCUGAUGCAGACGGACCCCACGAGCGGCAUUCUCUAUAUCUGGGACAACACUGACGCGGACAACAAUUGCACGGACCAGACAAGAUAUGUGUGGACCUACAACUACGGCACGCUGCUCGUUGGUGCCGCCUACAUGUACAACUUCACGAAUGGCAGCUCGAUCUGGCUGGACAGGGUGAACACUAUCUUGAACAGCACGUUCACAUUGUUCUUCCCGUCAACGUAUGGCGGAAAUAUCAUGUCGGAAAUUCAGUGUGAAGCGCAUCUGGUUUGCGAUCAGGAUCAAAAGAGCUUCAAGGCAUAUUUGGCAAGAUGGAUGGCCGUAACGAGUCUGCUCGUGCCAUCGACAGCACCUCAGAUUAUCCCAAAACUCCAGGCUAGCGCGCAAGGAGCCGCCGGACAGUGCGAUGGUGGCCCUAACGGUCGCGAGUGCGGCAUGCAGUGGUAUACGUCCACUUAUGACACCUCGACCGGUGUCGGACAGCAGAUGGCCGCAUUGUCCGUGAUUGGGGCAUUGUUGAAUCGGCAAGCUCUGACUCCGAAGUCUACCAACACUGGUGCGACUUCGAAGAGUGACCCCAAUGCUGGGUCCACGGCACCAACGAAUCCUGCUGAUUUACGAGAAAAGAUCACUACGGGCGACAAGGCCGGCGCAGGAAUACUGACUCUCGUCAUGGCCGCUCUUGUCAUUGGAGCAGCUGUUUGGUUAGUUACAUGA